GAGCUAUCUGAAAUUUCACGGAAGGAACAUCGGAGAGAACCCUCUCGCGCACCGUGGGCAACGGAACGCCGUCGACGAGAGGAACGCGGAAGCAGGGACUGAUUGAGUCCCUCGGAUGGCAGGUUUUGGCGGUCUAGAUCUCGUGACAGGGCUCCAAGCUCAGUUGGACUACUUCCGCGACCGUGUAGAGGAACUGGAGCGGGAGAACAAGAGGUUGCUGUUUCGGUUAUCAAAAUGCCAAUGCUCCGAGGUAGAUGUUUUGUCUCCUACCGAUGCAUGCAUAGCCUUCCAAGGAGGAUUUAAAGAAUCAAAAGGAGAUGAAAUUAGGAAUAUUGAAAAUUUAGAAGCUGUAUUGGGUUGUCUUUCUGAUAAUUUCACGGCUUCUUCAAAUAAUUCGGUCAAGAAUGGACAUAUGGCAAUCACAGGAUUUGGGGAGAAACUCAUGUUGAUGAACAGUGAGACAGGAGAGGAACCAGGUCUUCAGAAGAUUCAUCAUCCUGCAAGGAGAUAUGUUGCUCUGAAAAUCAUGUACUUUGGCCAGAGGUUUUAUGGGUUUGCCUCGGAGGCUCAGAUGGAUCCAACUAUUGAGUCUGAAAUUUUUAAAGCACUUGAGAGGACAAAACUUAUGGUUGGAACGAAAGAGAGUUCGGGAUAUUCAAGAUGUGGUAGAACUGACAAGGGAGUUUCUUCGUCUGGUCAAGUAAUUUCUUUGUAUCUAAGAUCAAACCUUAAGGAUGCUGGAGGGAAUACAGUGAACCAGAUGAGUACUUUGGAACAGAAAUGUGAAAUUGAUUAUGUGAGAGUGCUGAAUAGAGUUCUUCCAGGAGAUAUAAGAGUGGUAGGCUGGUGUCCUGUUCCUACGGAUUUCCAUUCAAGGUUUAGCUGUUUGAGCAGAGAAUAUCGGUACCUUUUCUGGAAAGGAAAUUUGGACAUAUUGGCAAUGAAGCAAGCUGCUGGAAAGUUCAUUGGGGAAUAUGACUUCAGAAAUUUUUGUAAGAUGGAUGCUGCAAAUGUGAAUAACUACAGGCGAAAAAUUACAUUCUUUGAUAUAUCUCUUUCAAAGAAAAGGUAUGCUGAUGAUGAAUUAUGGGCAAUGACUGUCAGGGGUAGUGCAUUCUUGUGGCACCAAGUCCGCUGCAUGGUUGCAGUAUUGUUUAUGAUCGGUCAAGGUCUUGAAUCACCUGAUGUUAUCAAUGCACUACUGGACACCAUUAAGACCCCUAGAAAACCUCAAUACAAUAUGGCUCCAGAGGCCCCCCUAAUCCUACGGUUUUGUGAAUUUGAAAAUCUUGAAUUUAUUUGUUCACCAGAUGCCAACCGAGCUUUGCAUGAACACUUGAAGAGUGAAGUCCAAAGAUACAUUCUCCAAGCAGCUAUAUUUGAUGAAGCACUAAAUUGCUUAUUGCCCCCUGGUACGCAUGAGUCUUUACAGUUUGGUGCAUAUUUUGCAUCCUCACGGAUCAUGGACUCUACAGGAGAAUCUUCAGAAUCCUUGAGGAAGGGUAAAGGUCACAUGCCGCUACUGCUUCGAGUAACUGAACCAUCCUAUGAGGAACGAAGAAACAAACUGUGUCUGAAAGCUACUCGCAAGAGACAUUGAGUUGCCUGCCUUGCAUUUUGAAUUUUUCUUGGCUCUGAUCUCUCUCUGCUGCGAUGGGGCGUGGGAGGUUUUCAGUGUAGGUCACAGCCUUGUAUACUUCACCAAUUGGUGCUCGGCGUCAUCAUAGUUCACAGCCGAAAAGUUUUUUGUUUCGUGCCAAAUAAUUUGCUCCCGUCGCAGGAUUUGGUGGAGAGACAUAACUUAUAAAGACCAAAAAUAUGUAUGAACUGUCGACGAUGUUGUUUAUUUCCAUUUAUUAAGAAUUUAUUUUCUUAUAUGAACUAAUGGUCUAUUCAGUGUGAUAGCGCUACAUCAUUUCAAGUCAGUUGUAUUGAAUUUGUUUCUACUGCAAAUUUAAUUUAUGUUCUGAUAGAUUGCUUAUCUGAAA